AUGUCUGACCCGCCGCCACCUACAACGAGUCACAUUCUCCGGCCUCAUCAUGUCAAUCUCCUGAACCUGUUCUUGUUGACUUUCCUGGAGUUUGAAAGAACACAACCAGAUGCUCUGCCGCCCCCUUUCUUCGCCCAUAUAUACCGCGUUCUCCUGCGUGAGACUGCAGAGGUCACGGAGCCGAAGGGAUAUACCGCGCUAGCUGCAGAGAUAAAGAAAGGCCCUCUUGGAGAUCUGCCUGCUUCCAAGGAUUUCAAUAGUAAAUUUGCGCUAACGCCAUUCAGGCUCUCGACCACCAAAGAAUUUACUGAAAUGUUUGAACGCUUACCCCUCCUUUAUGAUGAGAAAGACGAAGAGGAGGGAAGCGGCAAAUUUAUUCGCCGAUCGCUAUUCGGAUACUUCUGUCGCCGCUGCUUCUUGAGCUUUUGCAAGCUAUCGUUCACAGUACGCAAUCUAGCUCUUCCUCACGCCAAAUACCUGGUCAAUCAGAAUCAAGAUUACCAGAUUCACAAGACUUCACUUGACAAGAAACCCCUCGCGACUGGCGAGGCCUAUGCCGCAUUUGAGAAGGGCCUGGCAGUUGGAGAUGAAAACAUCGCCACUGAGAAUCUUAGACGCUUUUUUGAGCAGCAUUUUCAUCAAGGCAGUGAUUCUUUGCUCCACCGUCUGCCGCCCACUGAGCGUGGGGCGAAACCAAUCCUGAACGACAUUCAGCCCGACCUGCAUCCCCUGGAGGUCCUCUUCGACGUACAAAAACUCGUUCAGAUCAGCAACCAACAACCACUGAGCGCGUCAUUCGAGAAAAUUGUGCAGGCAACAGGUCUGUAUGACCAUUGGCUGGACGUCCAGCGCGGCGCAUUCGUUGAGGCCGAACAGUGGGGACAGCAUGCCGUGCAGAGCGUCGUCUGGAACAUGCAUGGCAGUAUCCAAUUGGCUCAGGUUGAAGAGAAUAUCGUCACUGCGUUCACUGAGGUCGGCGGAGAUGACAACAAUCGCCUUAUCGUCAACUUGAACCGGGCGUAUCAUCGUGCGCGCCAAGGUAAAUACGAAGACGCCAUUGCCAUCCUGCUCGAACCGGAUGUCUGGUGUGGGCUCACACUGACUCAAUACCAUAAUUGGGCAAACAAGAUAUGGCACAUCUUCGCCCUCCGUGCUAGCCGACGCGGCCAAGAGCGCCAAUUCUCUGAUUUUUUGAAACAACGUCGGCCUCAUGGAGUGUACAGAGCACGCGAGUAUUGGUUUUGGUCGCCGACACCUCUCGGGUCCAUGGUACGCGACCCCAUAUACGAAGCAAUGCAAAUGCGGCAUGCUGACCAGGCGCAUGCAUGGGUCGAGCCGCUGUUGAAGGCGCUCUGGCAUGCCGAGUUCCAGGGACGGUAUGGGCUCUACAGGACAGCGCUCGUGAUACUUGCGGACGUCGGCCUUGAGUUUGGGAUGACACAGUGGUGUCGCAGGAUCAUUGAUGAGAUAAUGCCUCAGGUCAUCAGUGGCGCGGAGCUCGAGCAGCGCGCGCUAGCGUGCUUCACACUCGCGCGGUGCAUCAUCGCCUCGGGCGACUCGUCGCCCGAGGCUCUCCGGGAGUGCCUGCCCUACCUGAGCAUGGCCGAGGCGGAUUACGCAACGCUCGAAAUACUGCGUUCGCUACAGGACGUACAGUAUCUCCUCUCCGUCGUCUACCAUAACCUCGGCAUGACAGCGGAGCGUGACGAGGCCGCUGUGCGGCACCUACGGACAGAGGAGGAGCGCAAGAAGGCGGCUACUACUAUUCUGGAGCCGUGGGUCCUGGAGGUAUGGGAGCUUGUCGGGGACGUCGGCGCUGCGUUGGCAGCGCGGUAG